AUGAAGGUUGCUGCAAACAAGCAAUUGGUUGAUGCAAACAAGCAAUUGGCAGUUGCUGCAAACAAUCAAUUGGCAGAAAUGGAUAGCACUGCAGUUUUACUCCAACACAAUGGGCAAUGGGAUCAAAACAAAAACUAUAUCAACUUUGAUGUUUGUGGAAUAGUAAUUAGAAGUGACUGCAACUACAACAAAUUGAUUGAUGUGAUAUGCAAUGAAUUGAACCUGAGUACAACGACACAUAGUCAACUAUACAAUGAAGUUGCAAAAACAGAAGAAGCAGCAUCAAAUUCAGAUGAUGAACCAGUUGAUUAUUCUGUUGCUGAAGAGGUUGCAGACUUUAUUGAUUAUGUAGAACUGGUGUCCAAUCAAAUUAUAGAAAUGAUAGAUGAAAGACACAGAAAUAAUGAAGAAGAAGUGAUUGACAUUGACGAUGAUUUAGUCAUCACUAACAACCGUCACCAAGAGAUUUCUUUGUCUCAAAUAUAUAAGGACAAAGAAACAUUGAAGACCGUUUUGAGCCAUUAUGCGAUAAAUAAUCAUUUCCAGUAUUGUGUACAAAAGUCAUGCAAAAAGGAAUAUCUAGUUGCUUGCCUUGAUAAAAAUUGCAAGUGGAUGUUAAGAGCAUCAAGGAAUGGAAACACAAAUCAAUUCAUAAUUAGAAAGUUCAGCCACAUUCACACUUGUGCUUUGGAGAUAAGAUUAAAAGACCAACGUCAAGCAACCUCGACAAUCAUUGUAGAUAUGAUCAAACACAAGUUCACAAACAUCAAAACAAAGUACACAGCUACUGAUAUAGUUAGGGACUUGAAACAUGAUCAUGAAGUGCAAGUCAAAUAUAGCAAAGCUUGGAGAUCUAGAGAAAAAGCUAUUGAAAAAGUUAGAGGAAAAGCAGCUGAAUCUUAUGCAGAAUUGCCUAGUUAUCUGUAUAUGUUGCAUCGCACAAAUCCAGGAUCCUAUAUUGAACUAAAAUCAGAUGAAGAUGGCAUGUUUUUAUAUGCUUUUGUAGCAUUGAAUGCUUCAAUGAAAGGCUGGCCCUAUUGCAUACCUGUCGUAAUAGUUGAUGGGACUUUCUUAAAAUCAACAUAUGGAGGGAUAUUAUUAGUUGCAGCAAUUCAAGAUGCUGAAGGUAAAAUCUUCCCCCUAGCAUUCUGUGUAGUUGAUUCAGAGAAUGAUGAUUCUUGGGAGUGGUUCUUUGAUAAGUUUAGGAAAGCUUAUGGUGUAAGAGAAGACAUGAGCAUCGUUUCUGACCGACAUGAAAGCAUUAUAAAAGCAACCAUCACAUUGUACCCAGAAGUACCACAUGGGGCUUUCACCUUCCACCUGCUCAAAAACAUGAAAAGCAAGUUCAAGAAGAACUCAAAAAAGUUCAAGGAUACAUUUUUUGCAGCUACGAAUGCAUACACUGUGAAAAAGUUUGAGUACAAGACGAGAGAACUUGAUAAGAUUGACAAAAGGUUAUGA